UUUCUGAGACACCCAUUCCAGGCAUAAAGGCCAGAGAAGGUGGCCCUGGGACUCUUUGUCCUCUGUCCACAGUGCUGUGAGGAGUGCUGGAUUACCUGAGAAGGACCAUCAUAGAGAACUACAUAGUUUGAGGAAGGGAGUCAGAACCCAGGACAGCCAUGGAUGAUGUAUAUAAAGCAGCGGUCGAGAAUUUAACAGAGGAACAAAAAAAUGAGUUCCGCGCUGCCUUUGACAUCUUCGUGCAGGACGCUGAGGAUGGCUGCAUUAGCACUAAGGAGUUGGGGAAGGUGAUGAGGAUGCUGGGGCAGAACCCCACUCAAGAAGAGCUGCAGGAGAUGGUGGACGAAGUCGAUGAGGAUGGUAGCGGGACAGUGGACUUUGAUGAGUUCUUGGUCAUGAUGGUGCGCUGCAUGAAAGAGGAGAGCAAAGGAAAAUCCGAGGAGGAACUGGCCGAGGUCUUCCGCAUGUUUGACAAAAAUGGAGAUGGUUACAUUGACCUAGACGAGCUGAAGAACAUGCUAGAAUCGACAGGCGAGGCCAUUACUGAAGAUGACAUUGAAGAACUCAUGAAGGAUGGGGACAAAAACAAUGAUGGCAAAAUUGACUAUGAUGAGUUUUUGGAAUUUAUGAAGGGCGUGGAAUAAAAAACCUGCCUAGCUGAAGACCCCAACGCAGAUUCAACAGCCCCAUGUAUCACCUCAUCAUUCCCUGUCCUGGAGCUGGGACAUCACCACAGGAUCACCAUCACCUGUAAUUGGAGAGUUGUAUGCUCACCAGAUAUGUUGAAGAAAAAAAAAAAGCUUGCAAGACAUGUAAAUAAUUUGCAUUAUUAUCCAUCAUGUAUUGGUUCUGAAUGCUGUAUGCCCACCAACAAUAACUGUAUCUUUCAACAUGCCCUCAUCAAAACACAAACUUUGUGAGAAAAA